AAAAUGCCACGUCUUCGUGGAAGAGGACGAAAUAUUGGUCGACGUACUCGACACGCACAAUUGGCCCAUGAUCGUCGAUUGAAUAGAACAGAUCAAGAACACUCAACGGAUAAUGUAACUUUAAUGGAUCAAGUUGCACGUACACGUGCAAAUGAAAAUUCAGAACAACGGAAUCAACGUCUCCGUGCUAAUGCAUUAAGACAACGUGAGGCACGUCAACGAACGACCAAUGCACACAGAGAGCGUAACCAACGGCGAAUGCAAGAUAGUCGAGCAUUGACACGAGCAUCUCUUAAUCGUCUCGCAUUUGAAUAUGACCCUGAAAUAGACUAUUCAUCACAUGUACUAAUUAUGAUCGGCAGUAUGGACAAAGAGUGUCAAUAUUGUCAUGCUUUGAAGUACAAAGAUGAAACAGCUGGUUUAUGUUGCACAUCUGGAAAAAUUUCACUGCCACCAUUAAAACCACCACCCGAACCUUUAAAAUCACUAUUAGCUGGAACCACAUCUCAAUCAAAAUUGUUUUUUAAAAAAAUUCGUAAAUUCAAUUCUUGCUUUCAAAUGACAUCAUUUGGAGCAACAAAAAUUGUUCAUAAUGAAGAUGGACGUAAUUUUGAAUCUACAUUCAAGAUUCAAGGUCAAGUUUACCACCAAAUUGGUUCAUUGCUUCCAAUGCCUGAUGCUGAUCCAAAAUUCUUACAAAUUUAUUUUAUGGGUGAUGAGGAGCAACAAACCCAUAUGCGCUGUGUAUACAAUCAUAUGGAGCAAAUGGAGGAACGAGAAAUUGUGGACAUUUUGGAAACGUUUUUUCUAAACCAUAACCAAUUGUUACGAUUGUUCAAGACUCUUUCUAACAGACUGGAAUACGACAACUACGUCAUUGUUAUUAAAGCAGACAAAGUGCCCCAUGGAGAGCACGCAGGCACAUAUAAUGUUCCAACUCUUAAUGAAGUUGCAGUUGUUAUGGCUGGUGAUCCAUGUGAACGUCGAGAUAUUCGCAUACAACGCAGAGAUAACACGAUGCAAAUAAUUCAAGACAAUCAUCGUUCUUAUGAUGCACUGCAAUAUCCAUUGAUAUUUUGGGAAGGAGAAGAUGGAUAUCAUUUAAAUAUUAAACAACGGAAUCCAACUACAGGUGAAGAACUGAUCAAGAAAGUUAGUGCGAUGAACUUCUACGCAUACCGGUUGAUGAUUCGUGCUAAUGAAGAAAAUCACAUUCUCCGAUGCAGACAGCUAUUUCAUCAGUAUGUAGUCGAUAUGUAUGUUAAAAUCGAAAGUGAGAGGUUACGGUAUAUAAAAUUUAAUCAAGUAAAACUUCGUUCUGAGGAAUACAUUCAUUUACGUGAUGCUGUAAUCGGUAACGUAGAUGCAACGAAUGAUAUAAACAACAUCGGUACCGCAUAUAUUCUUCCAUCAUCAUACAUUGGUAGUCCGCGUCAUAUGCAAGAAUAUAUUCAAGACGCCAUGACUUACGUACGUGCAUACGGCCGACCAGAUCUUUUUAUCACAUUUACGUGUAAUCCAAACUGGGAUGAAAUUAACAUUUUACUGUUGUCAGGUCAAACAACAAUGCAUCGCCAUGAUAUUACUGCACGUGUGUUCAAACAAAAAUUAAAAUCUUUGAUGAAUUUGAUUACACAUCACUCGGUAUUUGGUGAAACACUAUGUUGGCUUUACUCUGUUGAAUGGCAAAAACGAGGUUUACCUCAUGCGCAUAUUUUGAUUUGGUUAGUGGAUAAAGUAUGCCCACAAGAAAUUGACAAAAUUAUUUCAGCGGAGAUUCCGGAUCCGAAUUUUGAUAAAGAAUUAUUUAACAUUGUUACUACUAAUAUGAUCCAUGGUCCAUGUGGUACUCUAAAUAUGGUGUCACCAUGUAUGGAUAAUGGGAAAUGUACAAAACGUUUUCCAAAACCAUGUCAAACUGAUACUAUCACCAAUAUCGACGGUUAUCCAUCUUACCGUCGUAGAGACGUAGACAAUGGUGGUCAAUCAUAUGAAUUACGCCUGUCAAACGGUGUAAGAGUAGAUAUUGAUAAUCGCUGGGUGGUUCCAUAUUCACCAUUGCUGUGCAAAACCUAUAAAGCACACAUAAACGUUGAAUUAUGCAGUUCGGUGAAGUCUAUCAAAUACAUUUGUAAGUACGUUCAUAAGGGCAGUGAUAAAGCUAUAUUUUCUGUUCAAAAUGUAAACGACAAUGAUGAAAUAACACGUUAUCAAUUGGGGAGAUACAUAAGUAGUAAUGAAGCUAUUUGGCGCAUUUUUUCGUUCCCUAUACAUGAAAGGAAUCCUGCUGUUAUACAUUUGGCUGUGCACCUUGAAAAUGGACAGCGUGUUUAUUUUACAGAACAGACUGCAAUACAACAAGCUUUAACAGCUCCAAAAACAACUCUUACUGAAUUUUUCAACCUUUGUAAACGACAAGAUGUUGUUGGUCAAUUCGCAAAGACGUUACUGUAUACUGAUGUUCCUAAAUUUUUUACAUGGAAUAAACAAUCAAAACGUUGGGAACCACGGAAACGAGGCAUUCCAGUCCCAGAGUUCACCAAUAUAUUUAUGACAAAUACUCUAGGCAGAUUAUAUACAGUUCAUCCUAAGCAACGCGAAUGCUUUUUUCUGCGUUUGUUAUUGGUUAAUGUUCCUGGACCAACAUCCUUUCAAUAUUUGCGAAAAGUAAAUGGUAUUUUAUAUGACACUUUCUUUGAUGCAUGUUGUGAGUUAAAUUUAUUGGAGGAUGAUAACCAUUGGGACCUCACACUUGCAGAUGCAGCACUGAGCUCAUCUCCACAGCAAAUUCGUCAAUUAUUUUCAAUAAUAUUGACAACGUGUUUUCCAACUGAAGCAUCUACUCUGUGGAACAAAUAUAAAGACUCAAUGAGUGAAGAUAUUUUGCAUCGUAUUAGAGCUACUAAUCAAAAUCCCAACAUUGAAUUCUCAGAAGAAAUAUAUAACAAGGCAUUAAUAAUGAUUGAAGAUAUUUGUACUCUCAUUUCGAACAUGCCGCUCAUCCAUUUCAACAUGCCAGCACCGAACCGCCCAGCAGCAGAUAUCAUCAACAGCGAUGUUCAACGUGAACACCAAUUCGAUAUGACUUAUUUGGCUACUUUUGUUGCUAAUAAUGAACGAUUGCUUACUGUUGAGCAACGAAAUGUGUAUGAUCGAAUAAACGUAUCAUUUGCAGCACAACAAGAUGGAUUCUUUUUUUUGGAUGCACCAGGUGGCACUGGCAAAACAUUUCUCAUCUCACUGAUACUUGCGCGCAUUCGAUCACAAAAUCAUAUUGCAUUGGCAAUUGCUUCAUCAGGCAUUGCAGCCACCUUACUUGAUGGUGGACGGACUGCGCAUUCAGCACUUAAAUUACCUUUAAAUAUUCAUACAAAUCCCGAAGCAAUGUGUAACAUAAAUAAGCAUUCAGGCAUGGCAAAAGUUUUGAAAAAGUGCAAAAUUAUUAUCUGGGACGAAUGUACAAUGGCCCACAAGCAUUCGCUUGAAGCUCUCGACAGAUCCCUAAAAGAUAUCAAAGAUGAUACUAGGCUUUUUGGUGGUACUCUACUUCUGCUGUCUGGUGAUUUCAGACAAACAUUACCCGUCAUUCCACGUGCGACAUAUGCGGACGAAAUAAAUGCAUGUUUGAAAGAAUCUUAUCUAUGGCGAAGUGUCAGCAAAUUAUGCCUUACUCUUAAUAUGCGCGUUCAACUUCACAAUGAUCCAUUAGCGUCAGAAUUCUCUAAAAUAUUGUUAGACAUUGGCAAUGGUAAAGUUCAAUUUUAUGAAAAUACACAAUAUAUAAGACUCCCAGAGAAUUUUUGCAACAUGGUGGCUACCAAAGAUGACUUAGUAAAAUGUGUAUUUCCAGAUUUGCAACAUAAUUAUACCAAUCAUGCAUGGCUAUGUGAGCGAGCUAUUUUAGCCGCAAAAAAUUUAGAUGUUGAUGCAAUCAAUUUUAAAAUACAACAAUCUUUGCCUGGUAAUGAAAUUACAUUCAAAUCAAUUGACACCGUUGUUGAUCCUGAUGAAGCUGUCAACUAUCCUGUAGAGUUUUUAAAUUCACUGGAUUUACCUGGAAUGCCACCACAUAAUUUGCGAUUGAAGAUUGGUUCACCAAUAAUUUUGCUUCGGAAUUUGAAUGCUCCGAAAUUGUGUAAUGGAACGAGACUGGUCAUAAAAAAAAUCAUGGCCAACAUUCUUGAAGCCAGUAUUUUAAGCGGAAGAUUUCAAGCGGAGAAGACCGCUGAAGACACAGACCAGCUUGUGAUCGAUCUCUGCCGUGACCGACUAGGCCUGGAGAUGACCCGAGAGCAGUUGAGUCGCAGCCACCGCGUCGGGAAAUCUCAGCCUGGACCAGCACCUGACGGCCGUAAGAGGAGUCAUGCAAUUAUUGUUCAAUUCUGCAGCUACUGGGACCGGCGGAAGGUUUUUGAUUCCAAGAAACGACUUAAAGGGAUCUGGCGUCACAAUCAGAGAAGAUCUGACGGCCCGGCGGACGGAGGUGUUGCGACAGGCGACGGGGCGUUUCGUGGCCAGGAGCAUUUGGACUCAGGAUGGACGCGUGAUGUGGGUCGACCAUCAGGGCGCUCGGGGUGUGGCGAUGAGACUGGCGGACCUUCCUGUGGCGAAGAUUGGACUGGCUACACCUAUCAGCUAAGACCCUCCUUUUACUUCUAA